AUGAGUCGGUCACAGCUCCGCGCUGGUCGGUUUCAACCCUGCCGUGAGUUGCAUAUCGUCGUCCUCGGCGCUGCCCAGUUCGUCCACAAUGAGUGGAUUGAGAGUUAUGACCCGACCAUCGAGGACACGUAUAGGACACAUAUCAAUGUCGAUAAUCGACAAGUGGUCUUGGAAAUUCUCGAUACGGCGGGAACGGAGCAGUUCGUGGCCAUGAGGGACCUGUACAUGAAGACAGGGCAGGGAUUCCUACUUGUGUUUAGCAUUACCUCGAACUCAUCUUUGGGCGAGUUGGCCCAGCUCCGAGAGGAGAUUAUCCGAAUAAAGGACGAUGAAAAUGUUCCUAUCGUCAUUGUCGGAAACAAGGCUGAUCUGGAAGAUCAGCGGGCUGUCCCUAGAGCUAGGGCAUUUAGCAUUUCGCAGCAGUGGGGUGCGCCGUACUAUGAAGCUAGUGCUCGAACGAGACGAAACGUAAACGAAGUUUUCAUCGACCUCUGCCGUCAGAUGCUACGGAAAGAUGAUCUAUCCGACGACAUGCUUGACGACCGUGACGACAAGUUCGACGCCGUCCACAGAAUCAGCAGGCGCCGGAAGAAGAGGAAGAAGAAGGACGGCGCACCUCGUUGCAUCAUUCUUUGA